UGGCCCGAUGCACUCUGCUCUCGUGACACAAUGGUGGCAUACUGGCAACAGGCUGGACUCAGUUAUAUCCGAUACUCACAGAUCUGUGCAAAAGCAGUGAGAGAUGCACUGAAGACAGAAUUCAAAGCAAACGCUGAGAAGACUUCUAGCAUCAGCGUAAAAAUUGUGAAAGUAAAAAAGGAAUAAUCUACCCCGAACUUGAAAUGCUACAUUUACAAGGUGAAGAUGUGUGGGCACAUGUUAUGGCAGAUUGAAAAAGAUCUCACUUCAUGAAAAAAAAUACCUGUCUUGUUCAUAAAUUGACAUUGCCAAUAAAUUGAAGUAUGGCUCAUUCUU